UAACCCAACAACCCGUGAGGCUCAGCCUCUCUCUCUCUCUCUCUCUCAUAAACCUUAUCCUCCUCCUUCCCUUGCCCGUCCCCAAUUCCCCUUCACUUUCCCCAAAACCCAAUCCAAAACCCUAUCCCACCCUAAUCCCCGCUCCCUCUAUCUAUCCAUCAAUGGACUCCCCCAAGCCGCACCUCCCCCACCACUCCUCCGCUUCUGAAAUCAAUGUCAAUUUAGCUAAAACCUCUUUAAAUUUUGAUGAUGACGAAACCGAUCCCCGGCCAGGUCUCGGCUCCGACGAGGAGGAGGGCUUCGCCAGCGGGGAGGAGGAUUUCGGUCCUGUUGUGGAUAGGGCGUUUGUUAGAGGAGGACCAGCCCUAGCUCCGGAGGAGGAGGUAGAAGUAGUUGAGAAUGGUAAGGGUGUUAAGCUUGUUAGCUCUUCCGAGUUUUUUCUGAGGCCGAUUGCUAAGGUCUCGGGCGAUAGUGAUGAUGGCGAAGAACAAGUACAAGGUGAGGAGGUGUUUGAGGAGGCGGGUGAGAGUUCUGUGGCGGAGAAGGGUUUGAGUUUCGCCGAGGUGGUGAAGGAGAAUGGUGGUGGUGUGGAGAAGCCGAAAGUUGCGGCGGAGGAGGGUUUGGGGUCUGUUUUGGAGGUUGUAGAGGCUAAUGGUGCCAAGGAAGUUGUCAGGGAGAGUAGUGAGAAUGGUGUGGGGUUUGCUGGUGGAGGUGAUUCGGUGGUGGAGGCUGUGCAGGUUGGUUUGACACACACCGGCGCGGCGGUGGUUGGGGAUGUGGAGAAGAAGAUUGAGGAGUCUGAGAUUAAAGGGUUGGAGGUUCCGGCGGGGGUGAGGUUGGAGAAUGAGUUUGAUAAGAUUAGCAGUGAGGUUGAGGAGCCGAAAGAAGCAGAGGUGGUGGUUGCUGAGGCUGAGACUGAUGGAGUGGUUAUUGCUGAACCAGAACCAGCAGUUGAGAAGUCGGUUGAAGAACGUGGUGUUGAUGUUGCUGACUCGGUUGUGGAAGCUGUCCAUGUUGAUUUGACGCAUACAGGGGCGGCUGUUGUGGGUGAUGUGGAUAAGAUUGAGGAGUCUGAAAUUAGAGGGUUGGAGGUUCCCGCAGGGGUGAGCUUGGAGAAUGGAUUUGAUCAGAUUGGCCGUGAUUCUGAAUUGCCAAGUGAUACAAAUGUGGUGGCUGUGGAUUUGGAGUCCGAAAAAGUGGUUGUCGCUGACUCCGCAGAUGAUGAAUUGGUUGAAGAAGAAGGUAGCGAGGGCGAUUCAGUUGUGCAAGCUGUACAUGUUGAUCUGUCACAUACAGGAGCAGCUGUUGUUGGGGAUGUGGAGAAGAUUGAGGAGCCUGAAAUCAAAGGCAUUGAGGUUCCCGCAGGGGUGAGCUUGGAGAAUGGAUUUGAUCAGAUUGGCCGUGAUUCUGAAUUGCCAAGUGAUACAAAUGUGGUGGCUGUGGAUUUGGAGUCCGAAAAAGUGGUUGUCGCUGACUCCGGUGAUGAUGAAUUGGUUGAAGAAGAAGGUAGCGAGGGCGAUUCAGUUGUGCAAGCUGUACAUGUUGAUCUGUCACAUACAGGAGCAGCUGUUGUUGGGGAUGUGGAGAAGAUUGAGGAGUCUGAAAUCAAAGGCAUUGAGGUUCCCGCAGGGGUGAGCUUGGAGAAUGGAUUUGAUCAGAUUGGCCGUGAUUCUGAAUUGCCAAGUGAUACAAAUGUGGUGGCUGUGGAUUUGGAGUCCGAAAAAGUGGUUGUCGCUGACUCGGCAGAUGAUGAAUUGGUUGAAGAAGAAGGUAGCGAGGGCGAUUCAGUUGUGCAAGCUGUACAUGUUGAUCUGUCACAUACAGGAGCAGCUGUUGUUGGGGAUGUGGAGAAGAUUGAGGAGUCUGAAAUCAAAGGCAUUGAGGUUCCAGCAGGUGUGAGCUUAGAGAAUGGAUUUAAUCAAAUUAGCCAUGAUGUUGAAUUGCCGUCCGAGUCUGACAAAGUGUUUGUUGCUGAUUCCGGGAAUGUGGAGGAGAAAACUGUUGUGGCUGAUGAAGUUGAUCUUGAGGGGAGAGAGGAUAAAGAACUUGAACUGAAGUCUAGUUCUGCACCUGGACAGGAAGAGCCCUCAACGAAGGUAAGUGCUGCGGAAGUAAAAGUAGUGCCAGAUGAAACUCUGUCCGUGAAUCAUGUUUCUGAAGAUAGUGUGCUGAAUGCGGCUGAAAGUGUUGAAAAGAUUGCAACUGACCGAGAAAUAAGGCUAGAGGAGGAAGAGAAUUCUCUCAGUGAGAGUGGCAUUGGAUCUUUGGAACCAAGUACCAUUGCACAACAAGAGAUAAGUGUUGAAGCUGAAUAUGAUGACGAUGAUGAUGAGGAUAAGGAUGAUGAAGGGGAAAAUGAUGGUGUGAUAUUUGGGAGCUCUGCAGCUGCUAAACAAUUUUUGGAAGAGUUGGAACGAGAGUCGGGUACUGGUUCUUAUUCGGCUGCAGAGAGUUAUGGUGAGCGAUCUCUGAGUUACCGUGAUGAGUCUCAGAGAGUUGAUGGGCAGAUUGUGACAGACUCAGACGAAGAAGUAGAUACUGAUGAAGAAGGGGGUGGAAAAGAGUUAUUUGAUUCUGCUGCAUUGGCAGCUCUUCUGAAAGCAGCAACAGGUGGUGGUGCAUCAGAUGGUGGCAAUGGCACAUUUUCUUCCCCAGAUGGAUCCAGGCUUUUUUCUGUCGAGCGUCCUGCUGGUUUGGGAUCCUCAAUGCGGCCAAUGAGACCUGGUGCACGAUUAGACCCUUCUGCCCUAUUUUCCAAUGCUAUGGCAGGGGGAGAUACUGACGACAGCUUGACUGAAGAAGAGAGAAUGAAACUGGAAAAGUUUCAGCAGAUAAGGGUUAAGUUCUUAAGGCUUGUCCAGAGAUUAGGUGUUUCUACAGAAGAUUCAAUAGUGAAGCAGGUCCUAUACCGCCUAAAUCUUGUUUCAGGGAGGCUAAGGAGUCGUGAGUUUAGCGAAGAAGCUGCAAAGACAACAGCCCUCGAGCUUGAAGCAGAUGGGAAGGACGAUUUGGACUUUUCCUUGAACAUAUUGGUUCUUGGGAAAACAGGCGUGGGGAAAAGUGCUACCAUUAAUUCUAUUUUUCGUGAAGAGAAGACUCCAAUUUAUGCCUUCGGACCAGCAACAACCACUGUGAAAGAAAUUGUUGGGGUAGUCGAUGGAAUCAAGAUUAGGGUUUUUGAUACACCUGGUCUUAAAUCUGCUGCAAUGGAACAGAAUGUAAACCGCAAAAUUUUAUCUUCCGUGCAGAAGUUCACGAAGAAAUGCCCCCCAGAUAUUGUCCUCUAUGUGGACCGUUUGGACACCCAGAGUAGGGAUCUCAAUGAUGUGCCAGUGUUAAGAUCAAUUACUAGUGCUUUUGGCCCUUCAAUUUGGCGAAGUACUAUUGUCACUCUAACCCAUGCUGCUUCUGCUCCUCCUGAUGGACCAUCAGGUUCUCCUCUUAAUUAUGAGCUGUUUGUUGCUCAGAGGUCACAGAUCCUCCAGCAGACCAUUGGACAAGCUAUGGGGGAUAUAAGAUUUUCAAAUCCAGGUAUGAUGAGUCCAAUAUCUCUUGUAGAGAAUCACCCCUCUUGUCGAAAGAACAGAGAAGGUGAGAAGGUGCUCCCAAAUGGUCAAAGCUGGAGACCUCAGCUGCUGCUCUUGAGCUCUUCUAUGAAGGUCUUAGCUGAGGCAACUAAUCUCUCAAAGCCUGCAGAAUCUUUUGAUCACCGAAAGCUAUUUGGUUUCCGCACACGUUCAGCUCCUCUUCCAUACUUGUUGUCUUGGCUGCUGCAGCCUCGUGCGCAUCCAAAACUCUCUGGUGAUCAAGGUGGUGAGAAUGCUGACUCAGACAUCGACUUGGCCGACUUGUCUGAUUCUGAUAAUGAGGAAGAGGAGGAUGAGUAUGAUCAGCUUCCAUCAUUCAAGCCUCUCAAAAAAUCUCAGAUUGCUAAGCUUAGCAAAGAGCAGAAGAAGGCAUACCUUGAGGAGUAUGAUUACAGGGUUAAGCUUCUCCAGAAGAAGAUGUGGAGAGAAGAGUUGAAGAGGAUGAAAGAAAUGAAGAAGGGUAAUAAGGCUAGUGCAGAUGAGUAUGGUUAUCUGGGUGAAGAAGAUCCCGAAAAUGGAGCCCCAGCAGCUGUGCCAGUUGCAUUACCUGAUAUGAAUCUGCCUGUUUCUUUUGAUAGUGACAAUCCAGCUUACAGGUACCGCUUCUUGGAGCCAACUUCUCAGUUCUUGGCCAGGCCGGUAUUAGAUGCCCAAGGCUGGGACCAUGAUUGUGGGUAUGAUGGUGUCAAUGUUGAAUUCAGUGAAGCCAUUGUUAAUACUUUUCCUGCUACUGUUGCCGUUCAAGUUACAAAGGACAAGAAGGAGUUUAAUCUCCAUAUGGAUUCUUCAGUUGCUGCAAAGCAUGGGGAGAAUGGAUCAAGUAUGGCAGGUUUUGACAUUCAAAACAUAGGAAAGCAACUUGCAUACAUUGUCAGAGGGGAAACCAAAUGGAAAAAUUUGAAGAGAAACAAAACUGCCGCUGGAGUGUCUGUGACAUUUUUAGGUGAAAAUGUAUCCACUGGAGUCAAACUUGAGGAUCAGAUUGCUAUCGGCAAGCGCCUGGUGUUGGUGGGUACUGCUGGGACUGUCAGAUCUCAGGGUGAUUCAGCAUAUGGAGCCAAUUUGGAGGUGCGGUUGAGGGAAGCAGAUUUUCCAAUUGGCCAGAAUCAAUCAACAUUGGGUCUGUCUCUGGUGAAGUGGAGGGGUGACUUGGCCCUGGGGGCGAAUUUGCAGUCGCAGUUAUCCCUUGGACGAGACUACAAGAUAGCUCUUCGUGCAGGAUUGAACAACAAGCGCAGCGGACAAAUCUCGAUUAGAACAAGCAGCUCUGAACAACUUCAAAUUGCACUUGUGGCUGUAGUUCCAAUCGUAAGAUCCAUCUACAAUCUUUUCUUCCCUGGAGCUUCACUCAGUGAUAAUUACUCUGUCUACUAGAUGUCUUUCUGUUAAUUCAGUAUCCUUUUCUUUGGAUUAUGUUAUAUUUUGUGGAAUAAACUCAAGUUUUAUUUGAUCUAGUACUUGCUAUAAUCUUUAGUCAAGUUUAGAUUGCAUGAGUUGUAUUAAAUGAGGUGAUACUUUUGAGGGAAUUCAGUAUUUACUUUGUUCAAAGAGAUGUUUCUCA